AAAAUAACAUUUUCAAUAUUCACACUACUCGGUUCUCUGGGUCACGCACGUUUUUGAUUUGUGUCUCAGGACUCUCUGUUUAACAUGGCUAUAUAUGAUUACGAGGGGCACGUAGAUGAUGAUGAUGUUGAAUCGAAUAAGGAUGUCCCCAUAGACACAGCAUGGGAAUUACAACAAAAGAAGACUUUUACCGCGUGGUGCAAUGCUCACUUAAGAAAUGUUAACAAACAAAUUAAUGUCAUAGAAAAUGAUUUUCGCGAUGGAGUAAUGUUAAUCAAAUUACUUGAAGUUAUCUCUGGUGAAUCAUUACCGGGUCCUGAGAGGGGAAUGCUGAGGUUUCAUAAAAUUGCUAAUGUAAACAAAGCUCUCGAUUUUAUCCAGAGCAAAGGCGUCAAGCUGGUGUCUAUCGGCGCUGAGGAAAUUGUCGACGGGAAUCCAAAAAUGACUCUUGGGAUGAUAUGGACAAUCAUUCUUCGCUUUGCUAUCCAGGAUAUCCAGAUAGAAGAUUCAUCUGCUAAGGAGGGUUUGCUGCUUUGGUGUCAAAGACAGACUGCACCGUACAAAAAUGUGUGCGUCGAGAAUUUCCACACUAGUUUUAAGGAUGGACUAGCGUUUUGUGCUAUAAUACAUAGAAACCGGCCUCACCUAAUUGAUUACUCUCAACUCAAAAAGGGUGAUCACAUCAAAAAUCUAAAUCUUGCUUUUGAAAUAGCGGAAAAACACCUUGACAUUCCAAAAAUGCUCGAUCCAGAAGAUAUGGCAAGCCGCAAGAACUGUGAUGAGCAAUCUGUGAUGGCUUAUUUGUCUUCAUAUUAUCAUGUGUUCUCAGGAUCUCACAAGACUGACAUCGCAGCUACUCGUAUCGCUAAUAAUCUUCGGAUGAUUAGGGAAAAUCAAAAUCUAGAAGAAUGCUACGAAACAAUUUCGACUAACCUUUCAGACUGGAUAAAAAUAAAGCUACGAGAAUUCGGACAACGUGAUCCUCAAACAUCUGUUUCCGCUGUUGAAGGACUACAACAGAAGUUUAGAUUGUAUUACCGCCAAGAAAAACCAUCUAAGUUACAGGAAAAAGCUCGCUUAGAGACAACCUACAAUACACUCCAGACUCGUCUGCGAUUAAACAAUAAGUCUCCCUACGUACCAGCCAACGGACGCUUGAUAACGGAUGUUGCUAGGAAUUGGAGUUCUUUAGAACAGGCUGAUAAAAUCUAUGAGGAAUGGCUAUUAGAAGAACUACAAAGGCUAGAGCGUCUUGAAUAUCUGGCUAAGAAAUUCGAGGUGAAAUGCUCCACUCAUGAGGCAUGGACUAAUGGGAAACCAGAAGCGUUGGCUUCAAAUGACUUCCGCUCAGCUAUGCUAUCGGAAAUGAGGGCAUUUCAAAAGAAACAUGAGGCUUUUCAGUCGGAUAUGACUGCUCAUCAUGCUCGCAUAGAGCACAUUCAGGCGCUUACCGAAGAACUUAAUAAACUGAAUCAUUUUAACAUAAAUGCUUUCAAUCAACGUUACAACACCAUUAUAACCACAUGGGAUGAAAUGAAAAAGUUGUCCUCUCAAAGAGAACGAGAAAUAUCUAAAGCUUUGACAGCUCUGGAAGAAAUCGACCAGCUUCACCUCGAUUUCGCGAAACGAGCUGCACCAUUUAACAAUUGGAUGGAACAAACAGAAGAGGAUUUACGAGAUACAUUCAUUGUUCAUACAAUGCCUGAAGUUGAGAGAUUAAUUGCAGCCCAUCAAACAUUUGAAAAUACCUUAGAUGAAGCUGAGAACGAAAGUCGUCAACUCCAGUUGUGUGCACAAAAGGUUGAAGAAAUAGCUAGUGAAUAUAAACUGGUGAAUGCAACUCAAAAUCCUUAUACAAAUAUUGAACCUCAUGAGCUUCCACAGCGUUGGAAUAUGAUUCGUGAAUUAACACAGAAAAGAAGUGCAUUAUUACAUAGGGAACGUGAACGUCAACUAGCAAAUGAGAAAUUACGACGCGAAUUUGCACAGAAAGCCGAAGCAUUCAAUUCAUCUAUUGAAACUCAUCGUACGGAAAUUGUUAAAGUUAGCAUGGAAUCACAUAGUUCACUAGAGGAUCAACGAAAUAAUUUACAGAAAUUGGAAGAAGAAUUAAAUAGGCAUCAGGAUAAGUUGAAUGAAUUAGAACACGUUAAUCAGGCAUUAGAAGAUGUAUAUAUAUUUGAAAAUCCAUAUACUGUUUACUCAAUGCCAACACUGCGCGUUGCAUGGGAACAAUUGUUCACUUUAUUACACUACUCUGUCAAUGAAAUAGACAAUCAGAUAUUAACAAGAGAUUCCAGAGGAUUAACAGCUGAACAAAUGAAUGAUCUGCGUACUUGUUUCAAACAUUUUGAUAAAAAUAAUACUGGACGUUUAGAGCCAAAUGAAUUUAAGGCUUGUCUUGUUUCAUUAGGUUAUAAUUUUAGAGAUGAUAUAAAAAAUUCAUUGCCAAAUCUGGCAUCUGGUUCUCGUGGCUCCGUAUGCGCGGAAACGGAUUUCUCACGUAUUGUUAAUGAAGUUGAUCCCGGUCAUACAGGUUACAUAUCAUUUGAUGCAUUCUUGAACUUUAUGACACGAGAUAAUGUUGACGAGGCAACUGAAGAACAACUUAUUCAAUCAUUUAAAACACUUGGAGGUGAUAAAUCAUUAUUCUACUGUAAAUGGCAUAAUUUACAAUUCAUUCAGAAGUAUCUAGGAUAUCGUCAUAAGAUGCUUUUGUUUAGAAGAUGUACAAGUAGUUAUGUCUGCAGUUUGCAUAAUUUUAUCAAGAGUACAGAAUUCAAUGUACAUCGGAACCCUUUUGAUUUCAGUAUACAGGAUAUAUCACUGCUCAGGAUAUCAAAGAACGUCUUUCUGCUAGUGAUGCGGAAUAUUGUUUACAGAAUAUGCCUGUAUUAAAUGGACCAACGGGAGAUUCUGGUGCAUUAGACUUUGAAUCUUUUGCCUACAGUAUAUGUGGUCGUAAACCAACAUCAUGAUGAUAUUGAUGAUAUAAUUGUGCUUAAAAGUUUUGUGCUUCAUUGUUUGUUAGUUUGUGUAACAUCAUUCCAUUUUAUAUUCGUUUGUUUAAUUAUUAGUAUUUUUAUUUACAUAAUGUUAAGUUUUUACUUUGUAUCAUUCAUACCGACGAAAAUGGCAGUUUGCUACUUUUUUUCGUGUUUUUUUUCUCUAGAAAAAAAUAAUUUUGUGGGACAACACAGUAUUAUUGUUCUUCGGUAUUUUUUCCGUCCAUCUUAUUCCCCAAUUUUUAAUAUAACUAAAUUUCCCAAGAUAUCUAUUCUUGUAUUUAUCAAUUAUAUACGGAUGUAUGAUUUUUCUUCAUAAGCUGAUAAUGCUUGGUUAGUUUGAGAUACAAGAACAUCAUUUGAAAUGGUCCCUAUAUCAACUAAACAUUGUUAUCGAUAGUGGUUGAUUUCGUUUCUUCCUGUCUCAGUGUAACACGUUUAGAUUCUGUUGCUUCAUAAUUGAAAAAUUGUUUUUUUUAACCACUCAUCGUUUCUUUUACAACAGGUUGUUUACCAUUUUGAUUCAUUUCAACCUAUUACUCAAUAAUUCCACCAUUUUAGUUGGUCAUAUACACACACGCAUACAUGGUAAUAUGUUGUUUUUCUCCACAGCAAUAACGUAGUAGUAUGAGAAGGAAUAUUUAAAUUUUAAUCUAUAAUAGGAGUUUGUAUUAACUGACAGUAUUAUAAUUAAUUUAUUAUUUCUUGUUUGAGUUCCCCAAAUUAAAACGAAAUACCCUUAUGUGUCGGUUAUUUAUACAUUAAAUUAAAUUUCAUUUUUUUCGAUAAAAUACAAACUUGAAUGUUUACAUUUUUUGUUCACACAUUACUUAUCUGGAUUUUUUUCUACUAACAUUUUAAUUUUGUCAGUUUCCACUCUUUAUUUUUUCCCUCUUUAUAUACCUCUUAUUUAAUACAGUUGGAAAUGUAUAAUCUUCCAAGUAAAUUUUUUUAAUGUUUAAACUCACGUUCUACAUACCAAGAUAUCCUUGUACACUCCUCUGAUAUCCCAGUCUUCGUUAGUCUUCUUGAUUAUGAUUUAUCUGUGUGUGUGUAGGGGGUUUUUUUUCUUCAAAUUUGAUUAUUGUUGCAUCAAUUUUCGUAAUAAAAUGAAAUAAAUUUUAAUAAAUUCUUUUUACC